AUGCCGCAUCCUCAGUGGGAACCUGGUGUUUUCUCUUUCAUGCGUUCGAUGCCGGGGGGCUCGGAACAGGAGCCCCACCAAGACUAUCAAGAGAGUGACUUGCCUGGCACGAAGCUUCGCAUCUACGUCGGUUGCUUUACUGCGAGAGACGACUCCAAGGCGCGCGUCGUGGAAAUUCCUGUUGGAUUCUGUGUGCUGUUCAAGGGCGACCUUAUACACAACGGAAUGCCAUACACCACGACGAACUACCGCCUUCACUGCUACCUGAGCUACGCGGGGAUGAAAUGGACACCGGAUAUCGUUCAAGACGCGCUUCCGCAACAUGGUGAGUGUCAGUAUUGUGGCGAAAAGGUGGAGAAGGGUCAAGCGCUUCGGAAACACCGGUUCUAUUGUGAGAAGAACCCCAAGGGGGUUGAGAACCGACUGAAGCGCAAACGUGAGUACAAAAAAGGUGAGUACAAGUGUGAGGUUUGCGAUAAGAUGUUCAAGCACCAGAGCUCUCUACGCGUCCACAAGAUGAGAGAACUCUCUGCUUAA